GAUGUACGAAGGACGCGAGAUCCCCGUUUUCGCGGCGAAGUAAUGUGUGUUGACGUGCGCGAGUGAACCACUUCUCCGCGUAUCGUCCUUGCCCGUUUGCGCGAUCGGAGGACCCGCGGGUGGAGAUCGUCUUCCGAAGGCGGCAAGGACGUCGGGGACGACGUGCGCGGUCACGACGACGACGACGACGACGACGACGAGGACGACGACGACGGCCUGCGUCUCGCCCAACUAUGGCGUUAAAUCCGCGUGAUAUGGACGGCUUCAUGCCGCUCCUGUCAACGACGGAUAUCAAGAAGAAGCUCAACGUCGGCAGCGCGCUGCUCAAUUACCUUGGCGAUUCGGGCAAGAGCAUCGAGUGCCAGGACAUCGGCAUGUUCAUCGACAACGUUAUACCGUGGCUCGGCAACGGUAAUCCCAAGGUUGUUCAGAACGGACUAGAGAUCCUCACGUAUCUCGCCGAUCGGAUGGGUCACGACUUCAAGCCUUACAUCUCUACCAUCAUCCAGCCGACGAUAGAUAGACUAGGUGACAGUAAAGAUGCUACUAGGGAAAAGGCGCAACUGGUGCUCCUGAAAAUUAUGGAGAAAGGAUGUAUGUCUCCUCAGAAUCUUCUGGAUAGACUUCGUCCAGCCUUUAAUCACAAAAAUGCAAAAUUACGAGAGGAAGCUCUCAUCUUAUUGACGACAACGCUGAACGAACAUGGAGCGGAUGAAAUGGCGUUGUCAGGGGUAAUCCCGAGUAUCGUAAAGUUGCUAUCUGAUCCAUCGGAAAAGGUUCGGGAAACCGCUUUGAACACGCUGGCGGACAUCUAUCGACACGUAGGCGAAAGAUUACGCGUCGAUUUGCAAAGAAAGCACAAUGUGCCGCAAGCCAAAAUGCUUCUGCUAAUAGAAAAGUUUGAUCAACUAAAGGCCGCCGGUGAUCUUUUACCCUUGGCGAUGUCAUCCGAUGUUGGCAAGGAUAGCGACGAACUCGAUAGAGCGAUCAAGUCGGCUCCCGUUAAAAGGUUGAAUAUGCCUCCAAAGAGAGGUCAGUUCGGGCCUGCCAGAACACCAGUUUCUGCCUUAGCUCCUGGUACUCCAUCCUACACGGUCCCAAGGGCAACGACCGUCAAAAGAGCACUGUCAGUAAGAUCAACAUCAGCGCAAGCCGGAGCCGUUGAUGAAGAAAGCUUUAUUACUUCAUUCGAGGAUGUACCUCCUGUCAAUCUAUUCUCGGCAAAGGACCUCGAAGAACAGAUGAAAGUUAUCAAGGAUACCGUGGGUGAUGAUAAAAAGGACUGGAAACAGAGAAUGGAUAGUAUGAGAAAGCUAAGAGCCAUUGUACUCGCGGGUGGCACUAAUUAUGAAAAUUUCCACGAGUGCCUAAAGAACGUACAGCGACCAUUCGAGCUGGCCUGCACCGACCUUAGAUCACAAGUAGUGCGAGAGGCGUGUAUAACUCUCGCCUUUCUGAGUCAGAGUCUGAAGACCAAAUUCGCCAGUUUUGGCGAGGCAGUUUUGCUCACGUUAAUGAACCUCAUACAGAACAGUGCCAAGGUCGUGGCGACAGCCGGCGCGGUGGCAGUUCGGUUUAUCCUUCAAAAUACCCACUGCAGUCGAUAUGUGCCUAUUAUUAUAUCGUGCGUGAGCAAUAAGAGCAAAGACAUUCGCAGGGCGUCCUGGGAAUAUUUGGCUUUGAUCCUGCAAACCUGGCCUACGCAGAUAUUGCAGAAGCACAUAACAGUACUGCCGGACGCACUCAAGAAGGGCAUCGCGGACUCCGAUGCGGAAGCGCGAGUCUUUGCCAGGAAAUCAUACUGGGCAUUUAAAAAUCACUUUCCAGAACAGGCUGAGAUCCUACUUAAUAAUUUGGACGCGUCAUAUAAACGCUCCUUGAUGUCUCUCAGCAAUAGUGGCAGUAGUAACAGCUUAAAUGUCGUGGCUAAUGCGAGAUCGUCUAGUGUUAGCCCGCGUACAGCUAGACCGGUGAUGAGCGCGGCAGGUAGUACGGAAAAUUUGCAUCAGACCACGGGUCAACCGCAAGGUCCGCUCAGACGUACCCCGUCCUUGCCUCGAUCUUAUCGUCAAUCUGGUAUCCCGAUACUACAAAGACCAACAGACAGUCAUUAUCGAGGAACACCAGGAGUUAGAUCUACCAGUGCGAUUGAUCUGCAAGCUGCUCAAAGAGCAAAAGCGAGAUUGAUGUAUGCGAAUAUGAGCAGACAGAAAGCAGCAGCUGCACUUCCUCGUCCUAGCAAAUCUCCGGAUCCUAACGCUGUUGCUAGCCCGGAAAGAAUUGCAAGAACAAGGACAAGAGUGUCGGGAGUGUCACAAUCUCAACCUAGCAGUAGAUCGGGUUCCCCAUCGUCUAGAUUAAGUUACGCCACAUACAAUCGAGAGGGCGAAUCAUUGAUAGGUAGACCGAGACGAUUAUCCGGGCACACUAUUGGUAGCACAAGCAAUAGUCGCGAACCCAGUCCACAAAGAUUCGGAAUGGAUAGGAGUUUCGCGAGUAAACUAAGAGGGAGAAAUCUACAUAUGUCACCAACGGACAGCACUAGGCCACCAGUUAUGGCGCAGAAGAUGCUGCAGAAAUCACGCGAGGCGGAAUCCGCUUUGGCGGAUGCUCUGACCUUUGAUAGUAUCGACAGUUACACCAGAAUACCAGGCAACAAAGGGGAUCACAGUGAUGACAGCGAAAAUAGCAGUAUAUGCUCGGAAAGAAGCAUCGAUGGUUAUAGACGAGCCAGUGAUUCGUUCUCAUGGAGUGGCUCUCAACCGAGACUAUAUCGUGAUCUAUGGGAUCAGUCUAUCCCAAAGGAUAUCAAAGAAAUUAUUGAAAAUUGUGGUCAUAAACAUUGGGGAGACAGGAAAGAAGGCUUAGUGGGCUUACAACAUUAUUUGAGCAGUGGAAACACUUUGACAGCAACAGAUUUGCGUAGAGUGACGGAUAUUUUUACAAAAAUGUUUAUGGAUUCCCAUACCAAGGUAUUCAGUUUAUUUCUGGACACGUUGAACGAAUUAGUGAUUACUCACAAUGAAGGUCUUGGCGACUGGCUAUACGUUUUGUGCGCGAGGCUUCUUAAUAAAUUAGGCACCGAUUUAUUGGGAUCCAUACAAGCCAAAAUCCAUAAAACGCUUGAUGUUGUAAGAGACUGUUUCCCGGGCCAACAGCUUCUACCAGCUGUGAUGAGGUAUCUGACAGAUCCAACACAAACACCCAAUUCUCGCGUGAAAGUAGCAGCAUUGACUUUUAUCACGCAGAUCGCUGAAACGGCAGAACCGUCCGCGCUGGGCAGUUCUGCAGCGACAGCACUUGCACGACUGCUCGAUUGGUCAAAUGAUGGCAAAAGCCAUGAUGUGAGGAGACACGCGCAAAACGCUGUGAUAUCACUUUACAAUCUCAAUCCACCUCAAGUUACUAUGAUCCUUUCUGAAUUACCGAAAUACUAUCAAGAGACAGCUUGGCCCCUCGUACAAAAUCAUCUAAGGAAAUCAUCCGCUUCUAGUAAUCCGGCGUCACCUGGCACGCCACCGCCUAGAGCGCAAAGCUCGCCAGCUCGAACGAAAGCGAAGAACGAUGUUAAAGUGGAAAUGAAGACUGAAAUCGACGGAGGAGACGAGAACUUGGAAGAAGUAUACAAUUCUUCCUACAGAUCUCUACGACGCACAACCGCCGAAAUCCAGAAUUACGGCUUUGAACGUUUGGAGAGAGCCACCACUAGUAAAGACAGCGGUAUCAGUAAUAUGGCCGAUGUAGAAGAAAGAAUGGAAGGUCUUACAUUAUCCAAUUCGGGUCGAUCUUCAUCCGUUUCCUCACCGACGCAACGAGGACGAUCUGUUAGUAACAUAACUGUGAAUGGAUCUGAUACGAUUGCUGGUGAUUUGAUUCUACCUCAAGAAAAUAAUGGUUAUAAAACGCAUGGAUCAUCCCCUGAUUUGAUAAACAGACCAGAAAUCGUGGAUAAUAUGGUUAAAACUCUGCAAUCUAAAGUGGCACAAACUUCGGAGAAAGUAGCAGCAUUGCAAGAAUUUCAACUAUAUGUCCGUGAAGGCGAUUCAUCAUAUAUUAAACGAAACUUCAAAAAAGUGCUCAAAGUCCUGUUAGAUAGCUUGUCCAAUGAUGCUAAAGUGGUACAAGUAGAAGUGUUGCAAACGCUAAUCGAUAUGCUUAAAUGUCCCGAAUUAGUAGAAAGCUUUUCCUCUUACAAUGAGCUAUUGGUAUUAAAAGUUAUCUAUGCCUACAAAUCAGAUGAUCAAAAAGUCGAUUCUUCCGGCGGUAGCGGUGGCAGAUCUCCAGUCCAUUGGAACGCGGAGAAAUGCGCAGCGACGAUGGCCAUGGUUCUAAAACCGGAACAAAUUAUUCAUUUGGUUUCUACUAUAAUUGCUACAGAAUCGUAUCCACUAAAUAUGGGCGCGAUAAAAAUGUUACACAAGGUGGUGGAGCACUGGGGUCGAGAUGCUAUCGAACCUCACCUCGCCAACGUUAUGCCGGGCCUUAUCAAGGCUUAUGACGAUGCCGAAAGCGCAGUUCGCAAAAGUGCGGUUUUCUGUAUGGUAGCGAUCCAUGUUGCGGUCGGCGAAGAAGUACUGAAGCCACAUCUGAGCUGUCUGUAUUCCAGCAAACUUAAGCUCUUGAACAUCUACAUACAGCGUGCACAGCAACAGGCAAACAGUCAACCUGCAAGUCCGCGUAGUAAUAACAAGAAUUAACUAACAUCCAAUACCACGACUCUCAGGGUCGCGAUACUUAAGAGAUUCGCCCGCUUCGGCGCGCGGCAUGAGCGAGUGCUUGUUAGCUUCCUCAGUAAGUCCGAUCCGUGAUGAUGGUCGAUGACGAUGACGAUUUUAACAAUAUGACACGGAAGUUUUUGAUACGAUAGAGACUGAUGUGUGUAUGUAUGUGUGUGUGCGCGCGCGUCACUUCGCAACGGCAUGCGUGCGAUCGCUGUCCGAUACGACAGUGAUGUUGUAUACUGAAUCAGCGCGACGAUAUUCGUUCCGGUAUUACGUUUAUCGAAAUAUUUGCUUAUAGAAGAUUAAGUGCGUCUUGUACAUGUUAAUUCUUAUAAGCGAGUGAAGAUUACGAAGAAAAUUCCUAAUGUAUUAUUCACUUAAUUUUUUUCGUCUUUUUUUUUGAGUACGAAAUAAUUAUUUCUACAAGAUUAAUUGUAAAGUAAGAAUGUGUAAGUAGGAAGUGCGUAAGCGAGCAUCACAUUGUAAUUUUAGUUGGCAAAUGCAUUUUCACACAAUAUUUUGUGGUACGCUCGUAAUAUUUAUUUCAUAAAAAAGUUCUUCGUGAAAUUUAUGCAAAAUUAUGUGUCCAUUUGUGCGAAAUGAACGAUUUUUCAAUUUGUUCACUUCUACUAUAAUUGUCUUUUUUUAUUUCCUACUUAUUAUCGAUACUGUACAUAUGAUCUAUGUGAGCUAUGCCGUGUUUUAUAGUGGGAAGUUACAGUAUUCAGAAAGUAUAAUAUUUUCGUUGAUACGUA